UCAAAUAAAAUAAACUUCGCCAAUGUAGACCGGUAAGUGCUUGUUUUUAUUGCUUAAACAUUUUAUGUCAUUACUUUCCACAGAACGCUAACAACUGUGCUUUAUUUAUUCAGAAACCCAAAUCAAAGAUCACGGCGUCCAGGAGGUUGUUCCUAAAGACAAAGAUGCUGAAGAAAGCAACCUCCAUGCUCGCGACUGAAAAAGAAGAGAAGAAGAUUGAGAGAGAGAACACCUUACGUGAAAGAGUGCCACCUUUGCAACUCUCCGGUUUGUCCGUUCAAGAGCUUCAGGCUAUUUGCAAAGAGCUUCAUCAGAAGAUUGAUGUUGUAGAUGAGGAGAGGUAUGAUAUCUUGGCCAAGGUGACCAAAAAUGAAAAAGAGAUUACAGAUUUGAAUAUAAAGAUUACUGGACUUCGAGGUAAAAUGAAGAGACCCGCUCUUAGGAGGGUGAAGAUCUCUGCUGAUGCCGUGUUAGGCGCUCUUCUAGGCUCCAGGGUCAAAGAAUCGGUGGAUUUCAAAGCAAACCUUAAGACGGUGAAGAAAGAAGAGGAGAAGAAAGAAGAGGUAACAGAUUGGCGUAAGAACGUGGAAGCCAUGACUGGAAUGGAGGGCAGGAAGAAGCUAUUUAAUGCCGGUCAAUAGAGGAUAACAGCUGCAUCAGAUCUGACAUCAUUAGCCAUUAAUACCAGAAAAUCCUGUGAAACUGAAAAAGCAAUGCAGAGCAAUGCCGCCGCGAGUUUAUGUAUAGAAGUCUAUUGUGACUAUACCCUUUGAAGUAUUGUUACGCUUAGGGUCAUGACCUGACAUUAUUUUAGUUUAUAGAGGCGCUACUUGUUUUCAAAGAUAUCUACAUGACAUGUCUUAAAGACUUAAAAAACUUAAACCUCAAUACCACCACUUCUUAUUUACAAUUCUUCUGUGAUGUCUUAUCUCAAAAAUAAAUAUAGAUAAAAAAAACUAAAUGUUUGGUCUUUAACUUGCAUCUGUGAACUUCAAAGGUUAAGCACUCAAGAUGUUUGAAAACAAAACAAGUAGCCUUUGACCUUGCCAUGCACCUUUGUCUAUUUAAAGGGACAGUUCCCAUAAAAAUGAAAAAUCUGUCACCGUUUACUCACCCUCAUGUUGUUCUUAACCUAUAUGGGUUUUUAUUUUAUUUUGAUGAACGCCAAAAGAAGAUAUUUUGAUAAAUGAUGGUAAGCAGACAGAUGCCGUAACCAUUGACUUCCAUAGUAAGAAAACAAAUAUUAUGGAUGUAUUGUGAUAAAUGAU